UGGGGGAGGGGCGUACAUUGACCGCGAAGGCUGCACGUAGUUCGGGUACCAAGGGCGGGAGGCGUGGUGCGCCCGGCGACCCGGAAGCGGGGGGCCAGCGGACCCAGCGGCCUGCGGACGGGACCCGGAUCGCACCCGCGAGAUGGCGGCGGCGGCCGUGAGCAGCGCCAAGCGGAGCCUGCGGGCCGAGCUGAAGCGGCGUCUGCGGGCGCUGAGCGCCGAGGAGCGGCUGCGCCAGUCCAGCCUCUUGGCCCAGAAGGUGUUUACCCAUAGUCAAUAUCAAAAGUCCAAAAGAAUCUCCAUCUUUCUGAGCAUGCAAGAUGAAAUUGAGACAGAAGAGAUCAUCAAGGACAUUUUCCAACAAGGCAAAACCUGCUUUAUCCCACGGUACCAGUUCCAGAGCAAUCACAUGGAUAUGGUGAAAUUAGCAUCGCCUGAGGAAAUCUCUUCACUUCCCAAAACAUCCUGGAAUAUUCAUCAGCCCAGUGAGGUCGAGGUUCGGGAGGAGGCCUUGUCCACAGGGGGACUUGAUCUCAUCUUCAUGCCGGGUCUUGGGUUUGACAAACACGGCAACCGUUUGGGGCGGGGCAAGGGCUACUACGAUGCCUACCUGAAGCGCUGUCUGCAGUCCCAGGAUGUGAGGCCCUACACCCUGGCCUUGGCUUUCAAAGAGCAGAUUUGCCUUCAGGUCCCCGUGGAUGAAAAUGACAUGAAGGUAGAUGAAGUGCUUUAUGAAGACUCCUCAGCAUCUUAAAUCCUGAUGACCACAGCCAAAUAAUCAAGGUUUUGUGCCAGAGAAAAGCCAAACGUGUAUUUUCCCUUGUCAGAAAUUAGUGGAAAUUGCACAAUAAUGUGAAUAUGGGCUGUAGUGUUUUCAGUGUAAUUGUUAGAUACCGAACAUGAAACCAUUUUAAAAAAUCAAUAGCAGUGUGUGUAAUAGAACAUUAAUUAAAACGGAGGCUAUCACCAUAUGAUUUUCAGCUUAACUUUCUGGUAUUAAUGUCCCAGGUUGAUCUUUCUGUUUUAUAGUUUAAGUUAAAUAUUUAUGAGGCACUAUGCUCCAACUCAGAGCGUGAGGGGAAAAUAAGCUCAUCUGUAGUGGACACUUUCAUUAAGUCCUGUCAUGGGCCUGGGUCAGUCUGGCUCGCAUAUGGAGAUUCAGCAAUUAUUAAAUGAUUUAUUGGUGUUUGCUUUGUGUACAAAGUUCUCCAAGAAUAUUAUACCCUUUCAUCAUGGCUUCACUUACUCAACCUGAAAUUUUAUGUCUGACAGUUUGUAGCUUUUGAUGGUUAAAGGACUGAAACCUUUUCUGAUUUAAAUAUUUUAAUUUCGGCCGAUUUGUUUCCAUCUCUGCUGUUAUGUGUGUCAGUCACUUACGAGUUUAAGAUCUGAUAUCCUGUAAGUUAGAAAUUAUUUCUGUUUAUGGGUGGUAUCUGCUUUGGAAAUGAAAUUUGGGCUGAAGGUUGGCAGAUGCCAUCACAGCCAGGGAAAGGGAAUUUUGUGGGAGGAAGAUUUGCUUAUAACCAGAGACCCAGGGAGCUUCCUGGGUCCUGCUCUCUCACUC